UCCUUACAUAGUUAGAUGAGAAUUUUGCAAGGUUCUCAUGUGUAUUCAAAUUCAGUGAACAGUGACAAAAUUAAUUGCAAGUAAGACUUAAAGGUCGCGAGCAGUGCAAAAAUAAUUCUCGAACUUAAUUUGUACAAAAACAAGAAAAAACCAUCGAAAUAAGUGAGACGUCAAAUUUUCAAAACAGUGACAGUUUGCAAAAUAUUUUGCAUAUUGGUAAUUACCAAGAAAAAAAUAGAAUGUCUAAAAAUCUGUCCGUUCCCCCGGUCCGGGCCAAAUCCCCUGCUCCUAAAGGAAACAAGGAGGGUCCCAAGAAGGUCCUGGUAAAGAAGAGGGAGAAGACUGGUCCCCGAGCUAAGUCUAGAUCUCCGAACCCUAGUUUCUGUUCUGUUCUGAGCAGAGUAAAAGAUUGGGAGCUUGGAGCGUUUACUCCCAAGACAGCGCUGGCUGAAAAUGUCGAUAUUCUUAAUCCAAGUAAUACUCCGUACAGUGAACCUGAUGAGGAUGCAUCGCCUAAUAAUGAUACAGAUUGGGACUGGGGUUUCAAGGAAAACUCAAUUUAAUCAUUUCUAAAUAAU